AUGUUGUGUGGUAGUUCAUUUGAGGGGCAAUGGCAGAACGGAAAGCGACACGGUCUGGGCGUGGAGACACGGGACCGAUGGUUGUACCGUGGAGAAUGGACACAAGGCUACAAGGGUCGCUACGGCGUGCGGCAGAGCAGCACCAGCAACGCCAAGUACGAAGGCACCUGGGCCAACGGCCUCCAAGACGGAUACGGUUCAGAAACAUACGCGGACGGCGGAACUUAUCAAGGGCAAUGGAUGCGGGGACUUCGACAUGGAUAUGGAGUGCGGACGUCGGCUCCUUUUGGGCUGGCAUCUCACUACCGAGGUGGUGGACACCAUCGAGGGUCGCUGUCUUCUUUGGCGGAGGCUACCGGAACACCUGAUCCUUCAGAUCGGCGUACCACGCGCAUGGAUGAAGCAAGGGGAGGCUUCGUCCUUAAAGCAAGCUCAGACGAACCUUCAGGCAGACGAGGAUCUCUCGUUGAAAAAACUAAAAAGGGACUGCUUGCUAAACUUCGCAAACAACGUAGUGCGGGUGAACUGGACAAACGCGGUACGGGGUCGGUGCGAUCAGGAGGUUCCGGGGGCUCUGCAUCAUCAUGGGUGUCCUCAGUCGAGAGCACACAUUCAGCGACUACACGAGGAUCACUGCACACCAACUCGAAUACCAGUUUCAUUGUCGAGGACGAGCAUCUUGAUGCAAGUGUGACAGAAUCAUAUAUGGGCGAAUGGAAGAAUGAUAAACGGACGGGUUUUGGUGUUAGUGAACGGAGUGACGGUCUCCGGUACGAGGGCGAGUGGUUUGCGAACCGAAAAUACGGCUACGGUGUGACAACGUUUAGAGAUGGGACCAGGGAGGAGGGCAAAUACAAAAACAACGUUCUUAUAACUAGCCAAAAACGCAAACAUAUGUUUCUCAUGCGUUCGGCUAAAUUUCGAGAACGAGUUGAUUCAGCGGUAAAUGCAGCUCAACGUGCUUCAAAAAUAGCACUACAAAAAGCGGACAUUGCUAUCUCUAGGACCGCUACAGCGCGAGGCAAAGCAGAACAAGCCGAUGAAUCGGCAGACCAAGCUAAAGAAGACUGUGAUAUAGCACAAUCAACUGCCAAGCAGUUCGCACCAGACUUUAAGCAUCCUGGUUUUGAUCGUAUAGGAUUAAGAGAAAAGUAUAGGCAAAAAUCUUUCGAACCACAGAUCACUGCUGUUUCACAAGAAUCUGAUAAAAUACAAGAAGGAAAGAGCAUUCCAAAUCAUAUCCCUCCGAUGCAUUCACAGAUUCCACAAAUGAAUAAAAUGCCAAAUGCUAUGUCUUCUAGAAGACCAUCUGCCCAAUAUCCGAAUUCUGGCCAUCAAGUUGAUUCCAGAAUUCAAAAUAACCCCAAUACCUAUAAUCCUAAUGAGAGAAAUCUUGGUCCUUCUUACGAUCAAAUGUAUAAACCUAAUCAAGACUCUUGGACAAAUCCGAGCAUAUCACAAAAUCAAUUGUCAAAUCAAAAAUCUUAUGGACCUAUAGAUCCUACUGUGGGACAUAGUGUUUCACCUCCAGAUAGUUAUUCCCAACAACUACACCGAUUACAACAGCAACAAAGCAUAGACCAAAGCAACCAACAAUAUCUAAACCAAAAUCGAAGAUUUUCAUCUUCUGUCCGUCCUCCUAAUACACAACCGUCAUCUCAGGAAUGGAACGCUUCGUCAGGGUUGACUAGAAGACAAAGCAUUCUUGCACAACCAACCCACGAUCCUCAAGGUAACGCCUAUGUCGAUAGCGGUACUGCUUCUUACGGCAGGCACGAACUUCGAACGGGAACAAUUCAUUCUGAAAGCGCUUUAAAUACAGAGUCACAAAUGUACCGUCAAACCGGAGAAAACCAAGGUUACCGACAACAAAUGGAUCAACAAAUGUACAAGCAAGAAGACCAACAAAUGUACCGUCAACUACCAGCAGAGCAAUCAGGUUACAGACAAACACCAGACCGACAAAUGUACCGCCAACAAGCCGUUGAUCAACCCUUAUAUCGACAAGCUGGUUCAGCUGAACAAGAAGGAAUGAAUGGCGAUCGUGACGGUCGACAAGGGCCUCGGACAUCAAUUGAUUAUUUCGACCACUACAAACGGCCGCCCAGUAGAGACUCCAGUGUAGAUCGUUAUGGCAGACGAUCAAGACAGCCGUCAGUUGAAGCCGUUCCUCCUGGUAGUGGCUCGCGAGCCGGCUCUGUAGCACCACAACCACCUCCUCUAUCACGACCUGCCUCUCGAGCUGCAACUCCAGCCGGCAAUGGACAUUUAGCGUCUGGCCGCGGUUCCAUUUCACGAGCAUCAUCACGAGAGCCCCAACCUUUCGAGGACUCACUUUUGCGAAAGCGAAAUCUUGGACAGGACAUAUCUCCUUCGCCCUAUCAACCAAAACGAACAGAAAGUUUAUAUGUCACACAAAAUCCAGCGCCGCCCCCCGCUGUGCCAAUGGGUGGAGGUGGCGGUGGUAGAAAGGUAAAAUUACUGUUUUUCUAUCAUGAUAAUCAAGUUAAAUGA